UUUCAAAAAAAAAAAAACAAAGAUCUGGAAAAUAUAAUACGAGGUUUCCUAUAAUAUAAAAAUAAUUUUAAAUUAUUUUUUUUUACAAAAUAAAUAUAAAUUUAUAUUAAAAAAUAAGUAAUUAUAGUUAUGAAUAUUAUUUUUUCGCAUCGUAAUUAAAAAACUUCGUGGAACGUGGAAUUAAGAAAAGAUCCAACAUGGCGGGGGUAAGUUGACGAAGUCGUCGUCUUGCCCCUCUGUUGACAUACAAGUGAAAAAUUACGAGAUAAACUGUAUUUGAAAAAAUACACACAGUGUAGUGUUCUGUACUUAGAACACGUGACCAGAGUAUUGUUCUGUGCAUAGAACACGUGACAAGAGUAUUGUUCUGUCAGCUGUUUAUGUAGGAACUAGGAAGAAUAUAAGAUAAUAGAUAAUUGUUUAAACAUGUGGCUGUUAUAUUACGUGACAAUAUCUUUCAUUUGAAUUUAAUUCUUUUUUUUAAAUAAACUUUCAAUUAUUUAUUCAUUAAUACUUGUCACUAUAAUUCUUAACCACCUGUUGUAAAUACAUAAGUAACAAAAUACAAAUCUGUAUAUUUACUAUUGAAUACAAAAGUUUUAUUUCUUGUAAUAAUCAUCUCUAUACAUUUAUGGAUAUAUUUUCAGAAAAUAAUGUUUAGAGCAGAGGGAGAACCUGCAGCAUUAGGGCUUUAUGAGUCUUUUUCUGACUUCUCUAACAUGGACCAAUAAAAUAUAAAAUGUCUGCAAUACAACAUACGAUCUUAUCUCUCCGAAAUGAGAUGUGCCUCCUGGUUAAAAUGAUUUAUCAUCUGGAAUGUAGAGUAAUGGCAUGUAGAAUAAGAAAUUUUCCAUAAAACACUUCAUGCUGUGAAAGAGGAAAACAUGUCUUGCAACUUAGCUGCAAAAACAUAUGAAGUACCGGAAGCAACUUUAAGACGUUACGCAAAGAAGAAGAAUGAGGAUUUACCAGUUCAUGGAGGAAGAUUUCGUCAAGUUUUUAAUAAAGAACAGCAGGAACAAUUACGACAGUAUAUUAUUGACAUUGAUAGAGCAAUUUUUGGUCUUACUAACAUUCAAUGUAGAAAAUUGGCAUUUGAUUUAGCAGAAGCCAAUAAAAAUACACAUUGUUUUAAUAAGGAACAUAAAAUGGCAGGCUCUGACUGGCUGAAUAGUUUUUUGAAAAGACACGGGAUCAUUCUUAGAACUUCUGAAGCAACAUCAGUUGGUCGAACAAUGGGAUAUAACAGGAUUCAAAUAGAUAUAUUUUUUGAAAAAUUAGAAAAUAUUCAAAUGGAAAACACAUUCUCUUCCCAUUAUAUUUAUAACUGUGAUGACGAAUUUGGAUUUUCUGUCGUGCCAACCUUAUCCACAGAAGCUAUAUCAUCUGUUGAUACGAGGUUCAUAACCAGAAACAAUUCUACUGAAAGAGGAGAAAAUAUAACUAUAGUUUGUUGUUGUAAUGCUGGAGGAUGUUAUAUUCCACCAUUUUUUAUCUUUCCUAAUGAAAAGAUAAGAACUGAAUUGCUUGAAGGAUGCCCCCCAGGAACAGAUGCAAUUGCUCAGCAACAUGGAUGGAUGACAACAGAAUCAUUUGUGAUGUAUUUAAAACAUUUCAUAAAAUAUUCAAAAUGUUCACCAGAAUUUCCAGUUUUACUUCUUGUGAAUAAUCAUGCUUCGCACGUUUCCCUUGAUGCAAUUAAUAUUUGUCGAAGCCACGGAAUAAUUAUGCUCGGCUUUCCUCCUCAUACUUCUCACAUAUUACAACCUUUAGAUGUCAGUUUUUUUGGUUCUCUGAAAGCUUAUUACAGUCAAGCUUGUAAUGAUUUUAUGGUUUCAAAUCCAGAUGAGGUGAUUACAGAUAAAAUAGCUGGUAAAUUGUUUGGGAAAGCAUAUUGUCAAGCUGCUACUAUUGUUAAUGCUGUUAAAGGUUUUGAAGCUUGUGGUAUUGUUCCAUUCAAUCCUCACAUUUUUAACAAAAGUGAUUCUGAACUAUAUGACACUGUAUAUAAUGAUACUUUAAAUGUAAUACCUUCACAACAAAUGAAAAAUCAAAAAUACAAAUGCACAUCAUCUCUGCAUUGCAGAGAAGACUCAGUUUUAGAAAUAAAUUCCAAACAACAUAUUGCUUGUUGCACAUCUACUGUUCCUGAAAAACCAGGACCAAGCAGAAUCAAACUAUGAAAGUUUAAUAAUUAUAUAGCAAUGUUAUUUGGGACCAUCUUUAUGGAUAUAAAUACUGAAAUAACAAAAAUUGUUUAAUAUGUAUUAAUUUUUACAUUAGGUCUUACAUUUCAAAAUUUUGCUUAUAUUUUCAAAAACAAAGCACAAAAUAUAAUAGAUUUC